CUAACGCGGUGUGUAACAUCUGUACGGUUCGUGUUGAAGCGGCUUCCCGCUCCGCUCGGAGUUCCGCUUGUUUGGUUUCUCUGCGUUUCUUCCCAGGCCCUCACGAGCUGCUGCGCGUGAACAUUAAUGACAAUUUUACGACAGAAAAAGUUCACAGCUAGCCAGUUGGCUAACAGGCAGCGUAGGCUGCUGAAGCUUAGCGGAUGUGGACGGACGGUGGGCGGGACCUAUGAACCUGGCGGAGAGGAAUGUAAACAGGUAGCACGCGCGUUCAUCUGCCAGCGUCAGCGUUCUCCGCGAAUCCGCGCCGGACCCGGUGUGACUGAUGUCAGAGGGCCGUGCUGCGUCUCUUCUCUGCUCAGAUUUUCUGCAGCCAUGGUUGCUCUCAGGUAGACCGGUGUGUCUGUUUUCCAACACCCUUGGCAGGCGGCGGGCAGGUGAUCGUUCUCUCGUGACGAUCUCCUGGCGGCCAUGUUGGAGCGCCUCCUGCUGUCUUAAAGCCACCCGAUGCUGAGGUCUAGUUUCUCUCGUGACCACGUCCGUCUAAGUCAUCUCUCUCCACGUGUUGUCAUACGGAGUCGUGCCUGUGAAGCCGUCAGCUGAUCAUGGAGGAGUCCAGGGAGCAGCCUUCCGCCAUCGCUGACCUGGAGAUGAAAUGCGAUUCAGAGGAGCCCACUGUCAGCUCACAGACUUUCUCCAAAGAAUGCACCUUAAGCGUGACACCAGCGCACCUCAGAACUGACAUCCCCAACACAAGUGGCGGCGCCGCUGACAGCCCUGCGCUCGCCAAGGUCCCGAUGGAGGAGGAGGAAGAGGCCACACCCACGCCGCCAGAAUCAUCGCCAAGUCCAUCAUCUGAAAACAUGACUCUAACAAUCGCCACCACCACAGAGGAACCCACGGAGGCUGGGGCAGGACCAGGUCUGGACGUGGAGGAAAGCUCCUCGGUGGUGACAGCGGGUGGCUCAGACGACCAGCUGGAGUCCACGGACUCGGCAUCAUUCUCCAUCCCCAGCUUGGAGCUAUCGGAUGGGGUCGUGACAACAGGAAACUCCCUGGACGUGGAUGACGGCCUGUCGUCGUCGUACUCGGCGCUGGGUGCGGAGGGCUGCUCGCCAUCCACCGAAGUCCCGAGUCUGCAGGACGAGGCGGCGCUGGAAGCUGCCGGGGGUGCUGCUGCUCCUCCUACUGCGGCACCGGAGCCUGGGCCCUCCAUGCCAGCGUAUUACCUGGUGAAGUGGAUCACCUGGAAGGAGAAGAAGACACCCAUCAUCACCCAGAGUGAGAACGGACCCUGCCCCCUGCUGGCCAUCAUGAACACGCUGUUCCUGCGCUGGAAGGCCAAGCUUCCUGCUCAGACUGAGGUGGUCACCACAGAGGACCUGAUGGCUCACCUGGGAGAGUGUGUGCUGUCCGUCACUCCUAGACAGAAGGCCGACGGCAUGGAGCUCAACUUCCAGCAGAACAUGAGCGACGCCAUGGCGGUCCUCCCGAAGCUGUCUACGGGGCUGGACGUCAAUGUGCGUUUCACUGGCGUCACGGACUUU